AUGCCGAAUUACUAUAUUGCUCCUUUUACUCCAAUGAUGCGCAGUAUGUCCGUUUCUCGGCCACAUUCGCGGCUUGUUCUACGGUUACACUCGGUCAUGCAGCCGCCGGUCCUUUGUGCACACUUUGGUGUGAGAAAGUACUCCAUAUUCAAGGAUUGGAAGGGGAGUACACCGGAGGACCAUAGCCACAAACGGUCUGAAAAGGGCGACACAGAAGAUAUUCAUUCGGAGGCAUCGGCCUCCGCACGAAGGGAACGGGUUGAAAGUCAUGGCAUAGCAGAUGAUAGCAUAUCUCAGGCAAUUACAGAGAGGGGCGGGACCAAACGUGAAAAGCAGGCUAAGGAGGAGCAUCCUAAGGCGCCAGAGCCGGUUAUUGGCAUGAAUGAUGAGCGGCAAAAGAAGUGA